CCAAACCCCCUCUCUCUUUCUCUUUCUCUCUCUUCUUUCUCUCUCCUCCCCUCCUCUCUCGGAUCUCAUCGCCCUCGAUCUCUUCUUCGAUUGCGCCUCGAAUCGAUCGAAUCCUCCGCCCUACGAUCGAUCCAAUCCUCGAUUCGCUACCUUUUCAUGCUGUUCCUCUGAUUUCUAGGGUUUUCCCCAAUUUUUCUUGUUCAAUAUUCAAUAUACUCGGAUCGAUCCGCGGUUCUACGUAGGCGCGGUGUUCGUCGGGUUCCGAUCUUUGUUUUGGUGUUGAUUCGGCCAUGGAGCCGAUGGAAAUCGUCGGGAAAUCGAAGGAGGACGUUUCGCUGCCCAAAGCCACUAUGUUUAAAAUUAUCAAGGAGAUGUUGCCGCCGGAUGUUCGUGUAGCCAGAGAUGCUCAAGAUCUUCUUGUCGAAUGCUGUGUCGAAUUCAUCAACCUUGUCUCUUCAGAGUCCAAUGAUGUUUGUAAUCGGGAGGACAAGAAAACAAUUGCUCCUGAGCAUGUUCUUAAAGCUCUUGAGGAUCUUGGUUUCGGUGAGUACAUCGAGGAAGUAUACGCUGCGUACGAACAACAUAAGAUGGACACUCUGGAUUCUCCAAAAGGCGGCAAAUUUGUCGGCAUAGAGAUGACGGAGGAAGAAGCACUUGCGGAGCAGCAGAGGAUGUUCGCAGAAGCCCGUGCGAGGAUGAACAACGGAUUAAACCCGCAGAAGCAGUCGGACUCGGAUCCAGACCGCAGUUUAGAAAGCUAAAGAAUAGAAAGACAAGAAAUCUCUUUUCACAUCUGUGGUGUAGGCAUGUAGCUUACAGACUGUCAGAUCCUGCACUCUGUUUCUAGCUUUGAGGAGUUUGUCAGAAAAUGUUGUCAAAUUUGUAUCAGUAAAUUGGUAGGGAAAAGAAAAUCAAAAGAAAAAAAUCAUUACUUAUCUUUUCUAAA